AGCCGGCCGCGCGAGGAGCUGUCACGGCCCGGCAAAUCCAGAGCCUAUAUAUACGCACGCACAGCUCACCUGAGCUGAGCAGAGCCAAGGCACCCGCAUUAUUCAUCGCUUCGACAGCCGACACAGCGCGAUCGAGUCCCCGCGCAGAGCAAGAAGAUCAGGAGGAGGAUCCCCAUUCGAUCUGAUGGCGCCGGAACUCGGGUGGUGGCCGAUGUCGCCGUGGCUGAGCCCGGGCGCGGCGUCGUUCAUCCUCUUCAACCUCCUCGUCGGCGCCAUCGCGCUCAUGUCGUCGUCGUCCCGGGGGCCGGAACCGGCCGCCCGGCGCAGGCUCGUCCGCACCGCCUCGACCGUCGUGCUGGAGAGCCUGCGUUCCGUCUCCAACUUCCCCUUCCACUCGCUGGGCGACUACGGCGUCGCGUGCUCUGCGCCGGCGGCGUCGCAGCUCCACCACGUGCAAGACCAGUACAACGGUACGUUCCAAGGGCAAGAAGCGCGGGAGGCGAGCAGGGUGGAGCACGAGCCGGCGUCAGUGGCGCAAGAAGAAACUGUAGCGGCGGCCGCGACAACCACCUCGCCGCAGAGCGCGCCUUUCGCGGCACCGGCGGCACAGGAGGUGGACAGGAUGGUGGAGCACGAGCCAGCGUCAGUCCCUCAAGAAGAAACUGCUGUGUCGGCCACGACAACGACCAAGCCGCAGAGCGCGGCGCGGGCGGCACUCGACGCGUCCGCGGCGGCGUCUAAGGCCGAGGUUGGAGACGGGGAGUCCAUCAGCUUGGACGAGGCGUACGCGCUGGCGCGCGCGGGGCGGCAGCGGCAGUCCGCCGCAGAUACGGUGCCGAGGAAGGUCAAAGGGCGAGGAGCCUACGGAUGUGGGCGGGGAACGGAGGACGUCGAAGGGAAGGCGGAGGUGGACGCGCGGGCGGAGCAGUUCAUCCGGCAGUUCCGGGAGGAGCUCAAGCUGGAGCGCAUCAACUCCAUCCUCAACUACACCCACGCGCUGCGCCGCACCGCCGGGGCACGGUAGCCGGUGCCGCCGCUCGGCCCAUCGUCUCGUUUGAUUGUGUAGAGAGAAUAUUUCGUUUGCUCUGUACAGCAUUUUUGAUUGAUGGAUCAUUCCCACAGAGAAUGCAACAGCAGUACAGCACACAGUUUUGGAUUGUUUA